GCCCUUCCUCCCUCCCUCACCCUACCACACACGACAUCCCCAUCCUCCUCCUCCGGUCUCAUGUCUCUCCUGAAUCCAAUUUCGCCCAGCAAGCUUCGCUCCGACCUGUACAACUUCCCAUGCGACGACGACGAGUCGACGACGACGGCGCCGCCGUCGGUGAUCUCGGUCCUCGCCUCGCUUUUGGACCGGGCGAUCGCUCGAAACGACAGAGCCGCCGUGAACCGCGGCAAUGCGGCGGUGGGGGACGCCAGGAGCCGAGCCUUCGAAAGCCACCAAGUGCUGGACAUGACCAUUCAGUCGUUCCUGGAGCGGAUCUACCGUUACGCUCGGGUCGCGCCGCCGGUGUACGUGGUGGCGUACGUCUACAUGGAUCGUCUGUGCCAAUUCAACCCAGGACUUAGAAUCUGUUCCGCCAACGCCCAUCGUCUUCUCAUCACCACCAUCAUGGUGGCUUCUAAGUUCGUCGAAGACCUGAACUACUGCAACUCCUACUUUGCCAAGGUUGGGGGGUUAAGCGCGAGGGAGUUGAACAGCUUGGAGCUAGACUUUCUCUUCUUGAUGAAGUUUAAGCUGCACGUCAGCGUCAGCGUCUUCGAGAGCUAUUGCAGCCAUUUGGAGAGGGAGGUGAGCUUCGGAGGGGGCUAUCAGAUAGAGAGAAGCUUGAGAAGGCUGAUGUGUGGUGGGGAGAUCACUGCCAAGGAGAAGGAGAGAAGAGAACCGAAUCCAGUGGCACAAGGCCUCAUAUACUAUAUGUAACAGCUGUCUCUGCUCAUGUCUUGUACAGUUUCUGCACAUCUCCUCACCCAAUGGGUACUCUCUAAUCUGUCAGAUUGGUCUUAAUAAUGCAGUGAGUCAUAUAAUUAACUCAUAUGUUGCCACCUUACUAAGCAUAUGUUAUCUGCUUAUGAA